UUUGGCUCCGGCGCGCGCGGCUUCUUGUCCUGCGUCUGGGGAGGCAGAGGGGGACCGUCCCCUCCCGAGUUGGGCUCGGACCCCGGCUCCCAGAGCUGCUUCAGACCUCUAGGGGGGACUUUUGGUCGUCCCUCCUCUCCUGGAUCCCGUGGUCCGGGGCGCACCGGAGCCGGGCAGUGAGCCGCGCCAUGCUGGAGGACGACAUCGGCCUCGAGGCACUGACCCCCAUAGAAGCCCCCGCAGCUGAGGCCGCCGGGGCCGUGGAUGGGGAGGGCGCGCCGCCCGGCGGUCCCGGCGCACAGGCGGCCGUGAUGAGGGUCAACGAGAAGUACUCGACGCUCCCGGCCGAGGACCGCAGCGUCCACAUCAUCAACAUCUGCGCCAUCGAGGACAUCGGCUACCUGCCGUCCGAGGGCACGCUGCUGAACUCCUUGUCCGUGGACCCGGACGCCGAGUGCAAGUACGGCCUGUACUUCCGCGACGGCAAGCGCAAGGUGGACUAUGUCCUGGUGUACCAUCACAAGAGGGCCUCGGGUGGCAGGACGCUGGCCAGGAGGGCCCAGCACGGCGACGCGGGCCCGGCCGCCCGCAGCGCCCGGCAGGACCAGCCCCUGCCUGGGAAGGCGGGUCCCCUGGGCGCGGGCGAGCCCGAGCCGCCACUGGACUACCACGAAGAUGACAAGCGCUUCCGCCGGGAGGAGUACGAGGGCAACCUGGUGGAGGCCGGCCUGGAGCUGGAGCGGGACGAGGAUACAAAAAUUCACGGGGUUGGAUUUGUAAAAAUCCAUGCACCCUGGAAUGUGCUGUGCCGAGAAGCCGAGUUUUUGAAGCUGAAGAUGCCGACAAAGAAGCUAUAUCACAUCAGCGAGACCCGCGGCCUCCUCAAGAAGAUCAACUCUGUGCUCCAGAAGAUCACGGACCCCAUCCAGCCCAAGGUGGCAGAGCACAGGCCCCAGACCACCAAGAGGCUCUCCUACCCCUUCUCCCGGGAGAAGCAGCACCUAUUUGACCUGUCUGACAAGGAUUCCUUUUUCGACAGCAAAACUCGGAGCACAAUAGUCUACGAAAUCCUGAAGAGAACAACGUGUACGAAGGCCAAGUACAGCAUGGGGCAAGGAGAGGGAAGAAAGAAGGACUCUGCCCUUUUAAAUAAGAGGCGCAAGUGUGAUAGAUACGGCAUCACGAGCCUGCUGGCCAACGGUGUCUACUCGGCGGCCUACCCGCUGCAUGAUGGAGACUAUGAAGGAGACAACGUGGAGUUCAACGACAGGAAGCUCCUGUAUGAAGAGUGGGCGAGUUACGGGGUCUUCUACAAGUACCAGCCCAUCGACCUCGUCAGAAAGUAUUUUGGGGAGAAGAUUGGCCUGUACUUCGCCUGGCUGGGCGUCUACACCCAGAUGCUCAUCCCAGCCUCCGUGGUCGGCAUCAUCGUUUUCCUCUACGGAUGGGCCACUGUCGAUGACAACAUCCCCAGCAUGGAGAUGUGCGACCAGAGACACAACAUCACCAUGUGCCCGCUCUGCGACAAGACCUGCAGCUACUGGAAGAUGAGCUCCGCGUGCGCCACCGCCCGCGCCAGCCACCUCUUCGACAACCCCGCCACCGUCUUCUUCUCCAUCUUCAUGGCCCUCUGGGCCGCCACCUUCAUGGAGCACUGGAAGCGGAAACAGAUGCGGCUCAAUUACCGCUGGGACCUCACAGGCUUCGAGGAGGAGGAGGAGGCUGUCAAGGACCAUCCCAGAGCUGAAUAUGAAGCCCGAGUUCUGGAGAAGUCUCUUAGGAAAGAAUCCAAAAACAAAGAGAAGCGCCGGCACCUUCCGGAGGAGCCCACAAACAAGUGGAGGCAGAGGGUUAAGACCGCCAUGGCGGGGGUGAAAUUGACAGACAAGGUGAAGCUGACCUGGAGAGACCGGUUCCCUGCCUACUUCACCAAUUUGGUGUCUAUCAUCUUCAUGAUUGCCGUGACCUUUGCCAUUGUCCUCGGCGUCAUCAUCUACAGAAUCUCCACGGCCGCCGCCUUGGCCAUGAACUCCUCCCCGUCCGUGCGGUCCAACAUCCGGGUCACGGUCACGGCCACCGCGGUUAUCAUCAACCUGGUGGUCAUCAUCCUCCUGGACGAGGUGUACGGCUGCAUAGCCAGAUGGCUCACCAAGAUAGAGGUUCCAAAGACGGAGAAGAGCUUCGAGGAGAGGCUGAUCUUCAAGGCUUUCCUGCUCAAGUUCGUCAACUCCUACACACCCAUCUUCUACGUGGCUUUCUUCAAAGGCCGGUUUGUCGGACGCCCGGGCGACUACGUGUACAUUUUCCGAUCUUUCCGGAUGGAGGAGUGCGCCCCGGGGGGCUGCCUGAUGGAGCUCUGCAUCCAGCUCAGCAUCAUCAUGCUGGGGAAGCAGCUGAUCCAGAACAACCUGUUUGAGAUCGGCAUCCCGAAAAUGAAGAAGUUCAUCCGCUAUCUGAGGCUGAAGCACCAGAGCCCCUCGGACCACGACGAGCACGUGAAGAAGAAGCAGCGGUACGAGGUGGACUACACGCUGGAGCCCUUCGCGGGCCUCACCCCGGAGUACAUGGAGAUGAUCAUCCAGUUCGGCUUUGUCACCCUGUUUGUCGCAUCCUUCCCGCUGGCCCCGCUCUUCGCGCUCCUGAACAACAUCAUUGAGAUCCGCCUGGAUGCCAAAAAGUUCGUCACUGAGCUCCGGAGGCCGGUGGCUGUCAGAGCCAAGGACAUCGGAAUCUGGUACAAUAUCCUCAGAGGCGUCGGGAAGCUUGCCGUCAUCAUCAACGCGUUUGUGAUCUCCUUCACGUCCGACUUCAUCCCUCGCCUGGUGUACCUCUACAUGUACAGUGAGAACGGGACCAUGCACGGCUUCGUCAACCACACCCUCUCUUCCUUCAACGUCAGCGACUUCCAGAAUGGCACGGCCCCCAACGACCCCCUGGACCUGGGCUACGAGGUGCAGAUCUGCAGGUACAAAGACUACCGGGAGCCGCCAUGGUCGGAACACAAGUACGACAUCUCCAAGGACUUCUGGGCCGUCCUGGCUGCCCGGCUGGCCUUCGUCAUCGUCUUCCAGAACCUGGUCAUGUUCAUGAGCGACUUUGUGGACUGGGUCAUCCCCGACAUCCCCAAGGACAUCAGCCAGCAGAUCCACAAAGAGAAGGUGCUCAUGGUGGAGCUGUUCAUGCGGGAGGAGCAGGGCAAGCAGCAGCUGCUGGACACGUGGAUGGAGAAGGACCGGAAGAAGGCGGAGCCCUGCAACAACCACAGCCCCGCCCCCGCCGCCCCGCCCCCGCCCCCGCCCCCGCCCCUGGAAGGCCCUGACUUCCCCGGAGGCUCCCUGUAGCCGCUGGGCAGCCCCAGCCACGCGCGCACUCUCCAUCCCGGGCAGGCGGCUUCUCACACCCACCUGGCCCCCGGGCUCCUGGGUUUGUGGCAAACCUGGAAAACCGCCUUGUAGUAGGACAGUGUUUCUCCAUCUUUUUCUAGUUUGUUUUGUUUUCUCUUGUUUUUGCACAAAACCAUUAUGCAGGGAAUCCUGUUUAGUGUUCAGCGUUAAUCAAAAUGAUUGCUGGGGACAGGGUGGCAUGCAGCAGAUGCGGGUGUUUUGUGGACGCGAUGCUUGGAGUGUGGGGUCUCCUUGGCAGUUGGGAGGUGAGCCCCCAGAAGUCAUCUUCUUUAAACCCUCCUGAUGCCUUAAGAAAGAUGAGGUGGCAUUCCAAGGCAUCGGGCAAAAACUGAUGAGAGAUUUGAGGGCAAACAGAGAAAUGGAUGAGGGAUGACGAUGUUGACACCCGUUCCAAACGACGUCACUUGUCUCUAGGUCGAAAGAGUCAGAUUGUUUCAUCGCCUUUUCCUUCCACGGGUUCAGAAACCGAGACGCUGCUCAAAAUGAAAGGUGCCCUGGCUGUGUGACUUGGACGGCCCGGGAGCCCCGGCUUCCCUCUGAGAGAAUCAGCAGGGUGCAGGCAUCUGAGUAAGCAGCGACGGGCACCUCUGGGGUCCCCACCGUCAGCCAUGCACCUCCCCCCACCGCAGUGAAAGAGGAAAUGGUAUUUCUCAGCUGGUGUCUGACCCUGAGACCCCGUGAACAGUACAGGCUUCUCUGUCCAUGGAAUUCUCCAGGCAAGAAUACUGGAGUGGGUUGCCGUUCUCUUCUUCAGGGGAUCUUCCCGACCCAGGGAUCGAACCUGGGUCUCCUGCAUCGCAGGCAGAUUCUUGACCAUCUAAGCCUCCAGGGAAGCCCACAGGGUGACAGAAAAAUGAGCAGUGAGAGAUUGUGACCUCGGAGGCGUUUCUGCAGACAGCUUCAGGGUUUCAAGAAGUCUUAAGGCUUCCAGGGGUACUCUUGCAGCUUCAGCGUAUUUAUUGGGUUUUUUUGUUUUUUUAAAUCAGUUCUACAGUGGAUGUAAGGGUUUUUCCUCUGUAGCUCAAAGGUGGAAGGCGUUCAUUUUAUUAGCUAACCAAAUAUCAUUGAGAGGAAUUUAAACUACUGUUACUACCAAAGAUUUUUAUUAAUAAAGGCUUCUAUUUUGGUAACACUUCUCUAUAUUUUUACUUACAGGAAUGUUACUGUUGGAAAUUAUCAUUUUAAAAAACUUGUAAAAACAAACCUCCAUAGCUGAUAGGAAUGGUCUCAACUUGCAGCCCCGUUAUACUAACGAUGAUCUGAAGUUUCUCAAGCACGCAGAGAAACGUAAGAGAAACGUUCCAGCAAAGGGAGGGGCUAAAACACGAACAUGUUUGUCUUGAACAUGUGGUUGGUGAGCGCGGACAUGCCCGUAAGCUGUGGAUUAGGAGGGACGUCCGCAGGUGUCAUAGCUUUUUGUUCUUUGCUAAAAUCAUGCCAUCUGAUGCUUCUGCUUUCUCUUGUACAGUAAGUAGUUUGAAAUGGGGUUUUUGUAUAUAAACAUUGUAUUAAAAAUGAGGUGAUUACCGAA